AUGGAUGAAACUGGAAUUACGACCGUUCAAAAACCUGACAGAAUUGUAGCAAGAAGGGGCUUUAAACAAGUAGGUCGAAUCACCUCUCAAGAAAGAGGCACAUUAGUGACUCUCGCGAUAGCUGUAAACGCCAUUGGUAAUAGCAUUCCGCCCUAUUUUAUUUUUCCACGCGUUAACUUUAGAGAGCACAUGCUCUCUGGUGCCCCACCUGGAAGCGCUGGCGCAGCUAACCAGUCUGGAUGGAUGAAAAAGGAGCAUUUUCUGCACUGGUGUCAACAUUUUGUUAAGCACACUGGUUGCUCCAAAGAAAGGCCGGUACUUCUGUUGUUAGACAACCAUGACUCCCAUUUAUCAAUUGAUUCUUUGGACUAUCUUAAAGAGAAUGGAGUGACGGUGUUGUCCUUUCCGCCACACUACUCUCACGAGCUACAGCCGCUGGACAGAUCAGUGUAUGGGCACUUAAAAAAAUAUGUAAAUACAGCAUGCGAUGGUUGGAUAACCAGUCAUCCAGGGUCUAGUAUGACCAUCUACGAUGUCCCUAAAAUUGUGGCCGUAGCUUUGCCAAGCGCAAUAACACCAAAGAACAUAACAGCAGCGUUUAAAGUGUCAGGAGUUUAUCCAUUCAAUGAAUGUGUCUUUUCUGAAGACGAAUUUCUCCCCUCUUAUGCUACUGACCGCCCACUUAUUGAGCAAGCAAAAGAUGAUGAAAUUGACAGGAAACCUAAUAAUAGCCCUAAACCUGAAAUAUCUCAGGAUACUAGUCCCCAACCAGGAACAUCUCGGGAUUAUUCUGAAAUUCUUAACGCUGAUAGCUCAAUGCCAAAAACUUCUGAGAUAAACCCACCGCUCGAAGAAAAAACUCCGGAAAAGCAAAUAACUAAAAAUAUUAACAUAUUAGCCAAAAAAGAUACCGAGUUGAACACCCAAAAAAAAACAGUCAGUCCAUUUGAGCUAAAGCCCCUGCCAAAAGCUCCACCAAGAAAAAAUGAGAAUAAAGGAACUCGAAAAAGGCGUCACACCGAGAUUUUGACAGAUACGCCAAUAAAAGAGGCACUCAGAGAUGAACAAACAAAAAAAGUUCCAAUAAGAAAAGAGCUUAAAAAUAACAAAGAAAACAAAAAACAAAAUAAAAAGAAGAAAAAUGUAAAUAAAAAACAAUUGGCUGAAGAAUCGAGCGAUGAAGAUGAGUGUCUAUGCGCUUACUGCCUUGAUACUUUUACAAACAGUCGUCCGGGUGAGGAAUGGAUUAGAUGUUUUUCAUGCAGUGGGUGGGCACUCAAAGAGUGUGUGGGAGAAGAUAACGCUCCUUUUUAUUGUAUUAAUUGUAUGAGUGAGUAGAGAAGUAUUUGUAACUUAAAAUGUUAAUAUUUUUUAUUUUAAGUCUUUGUGACCUAAGUUCAUUAAAGAGUUAGUUACCUAAUUUUCUUAUAAGUUUAACACUUAACGAUAACUUUGACUGUUUUUUUAGUUUUACUUUUUAUUACCUGAGUUCAUUAGUUAAAUUUUCUAAUAAUUU